ACAUCGAAAACUAGCCAGACAGUUGAUCAAAGCUAGAUGGCAGUUUUCUUCAUCUUUAUGUUUUCUUUCAUUCUCUCCACCUCCUAUGCUGCUGUGCAAGACUUUUGCGUUGCAGACUACACAGCUCCUUCUAAUCCAUCAGGCUACUCCUGCAAAAGGCCUGAAAAUGUUACGGUAGAUGAUUUCGUAUACUCGGGCCUAGGCGUUGCCGGUAAUACCUCAAACAUUUUCAGAGGUACAAUUACCGUAGCGUCCUACAAUGAGGUUCCUUCUUUGAACGGCCUUGGCCUUUCAAUGGCUCGUAUAGACUUGGCACCCGGUGGGGUUGUCCCUUUGCAUAAACACCCCGGAUCAAAUGAGAUCUUUCUUCUUGUGAAAGGGAAACUGAUUGCCGCGUUCAUUUCGUCGGAUACAAACACAGUUUAUCAGACAGUUAUCAAGAGUGGUGAUCUGUUUGUCAUCCCUAAUGCGUUAUUGCAUGGCUUUGUGAAUAUUGGAGGUGCUAAAUAUAAUCCAGUCGUUGCAUUUGCUAGCUACAGUAGUGAAAGUCUGCAUAUUCAGACGGUGGACAAUUCACUAUUUAAUAGCACAUUGUCUACUGAAUUUAUAAAUCGCACUACUUUCAUCAGCACUCAUGAGACAAGGAGAUUGAAGGCUGUCUUUGGUGGCACUAACUAAUAAGGCAUCGAUCUCCUCACGAGAUCAGUAUCGAUUAUCGAAUAAGAAGGUGACUAAGGAUUGCUCGUCCAGCUCUAAUUCCUUUUGUCAUCGAUGUACCUUAAUUUACUUAACUUACCUUUGUUGUCAUGGUGUGAUGGAGAAGGUCUGAACUCUCAGUGGUACUAUUGAACUAAAUAUUAUGCGGCCUCGCGCCGCCUUACUGUUUUUUUAUAAUUGGGCUUGGGCCUCCAUCCCAUCUCGCCGUUUUCCUUUUCUUCCUCUCUCUCGAUCUCUUUCGUCGCUUCCUUCAUCGAUCUUCCCUCUCUUUCCAGCCUAGAUUGAACAGUGUGUUGCCUUCUUGGUACCCAAGAACCCCUCUGCGUGAUAUAACUGCGAUUAGUAGGGUGAGGAUCACUUUCUCUGAGUUUUGUGUUUGAUUAGUUUUAGGGCUUCAAAUAAUUUCAGAGAGAGGGAGAGACUACAGUUGGCUGAUCGAUCGAUUGCUGUUCUCACGAGGGGGAGCUUUCUCUACACCAAAAUAGGUAACCAUUGCAACCAGUAGAGGGCUUUAUGUAUACCAACCAAACUUCAGUGUUAAUGUUCCAAUCAAAGCCCCUGGGAGUCGGUUACUGUUUUGAAGCUCUGUGUUCUUUUCCUUCUACAUGAUUCAAGGGAAAUAAACAGGUGGACUUAUGAAAAAAACAGGGUUGCACGAUUGCAUUAGGGCUUCAAGGAAGGCUGAAGAUUCAGCAUGAAACGCAGCAGCCAGCAAAUUCUGAUAUACGAAGGCCAGUCCCUCCAGGCCAGUCCAUCUCACGGUUACUUGCUGUGGAAAUCUUUCCAUAACAGAAUGAUUAAAAGGAGAGGAGCAGGUGGUUUACACAUCCCGCCUCAUGUCCUAUGACUUUCAUCGCUGUCUCGAUACCACCGUCGCUGCCGCCUCAGCUUCUCUGGCAACUAUCCCCGUCAUGCGAUGCGCGUGAGCUUCCAGUAUAGAGUGCAUAGUGCGCGUGUUCCAGUAGGCUGAUUAUCGUUAAUUGGGUGCAAAACGGUGCGUUUAAGUGAAACCGUCAUUUCUAUGGAAAUGCGGCCGUAAAGCCUUUCCGCCUAGCCACGUGGCCCAACCGCCUAGCUCAUUGCCUCUAGAUUUGAAUAUUCAAAUUCAACUCUACCGCCAAAAUAUGCAGCAUACAGCCAUACAUUGAAGCAACUUUUGGUGAGCAAUGAUGUAGAAGCUGGUAGGAGAUAUUGGAGGGUCUAGUUGAAAACAUCUAGCGCCAAAAUGAUCAUUCUCCCUCCACUGUUGGUGCUAUAUGCGAGUCUCCACUCGUAACAUUUGAAAUAUAUAUGCAUAUAUUUGAUGACAUGAAAAUAUUAAAAUUGAACUUGUGAUAAUGUGUGCCUUCAACAUUAAAUUACUCAUCAAAGAUCAUCAAUUUCUUUCU